UGAUGUCGACCAUUGAAGGCCGGUGCCGUUGAUAUACUGCCUUUCCCAGUUACCGUGACCCAGUGUCCUCCUCUUUCCUCCCUCCCCCCCACAUUCCCCCCGGGCUCGAGCUGUGCUCUUUUUUUACACACUUUCCUUCAUCACUGGUCUUUCCACCCUCUUGUCCACAAGUCCCUUUCUCUCUGCCAUCUAGCCGGAUCCUUCUUGAGCAGCGCUCGUUAUCAUCUUCCUCGCAUCUGAAGAGUAGUUCAUCGCAAUGGGAAACCUCAUCUGGCACGAAUACGCUCGCUACGUUAGCAUUACUGCCACCGCCUAUGGAAUUUGGGCGAGCUUCUUCGCUCUUUUCUAUCGCAAGUUCUUCUGGGACUUCGUCCACGGCACUUUGAGAGAUCCCGGAGGAUUCCAGCCGGCAAAGAGUGAUGCCAUCUUCAUCUCACUCAUCGUCAAGGCUCCUGUCAUCCCCAUUCUGAGUGCCAUCGUUGGUCUCAUGAUUCUGGCUAUUGAGAAUCCGAUUCCUCCCCUGAGAAACUCGGCCAUUCAACGCAGUUUCCCAUUGAAGAUCGUCUUGCUUUUGUUCCAGGCUGUCCUUGCGGUUUUGUUCUAUCAAGGCACGAACUGCGCGCUCUGGUCACUUAUCGCGAUCCUCUGUUACACGCGUGCGGUCGCACUCGGGGAAAUAAUGCAGGAGGCAAAGACGAACAGAGGAGGGCAAGGUGGUCGGGCGUGAUCCCGGCAUCCUUAAAUUUCCCUGGCACAGAAGGGAGAAAGUCCAGCAUUCAACCGGACUGCGUCCGUUUUCUUUUUCUAAAUCUACACACCUACCCGGUUUCCGACUUCCUGACACUUUCCUGUACCCCGCUUCUUGUACUUCUUACACUUGCUGCUAGCAUGAUUGGUGUUCGUCAGCAUUUGCACAAGGAUUUCUUCGUUCACUCACCUGCUUGCUUCCUAAUCCUCCUUACCCUUCGGUGUCAACACGGUGUGAUUCGAGAUUGAGAAGCAUGACCAUGACAUUCAUCUGAAUUUCGUUUCUUGCCAUUCACCAUGACCUCUACUCCCGCCGAAAUCUUCAACAAGCUCAGUUCUCAGUUCGAGCUAGCCAAAUCAGCGGGCGAUCUCCUGUUUUUCGCAUCCACGAUUGAAAAGCAUGAGGAUUCGGGGAUCGAGUACGAACUGAGAGUAUGCCCCGCUCUUCAAAAGAAGCCUCAGUCUCCCGCUACCGAACUCCCCGACACGCUGCCCCAUGAUAAACCGGAUCCCUUCCAGAGCCCCUACAACCCCAAUUUGUUCCUGGGUGAGCUGCAAGAUGCCGACAGUGGUGAACGCUACACAGUCUUGCUCAACAAGUACUCUGUCGUCCCGCGACACUUCUUGCUCGUGACCAAGGAGUUCCAACCGCAAACCUCACCGCUAAGCCCGCCAGAUCUCGUUCAAACCUAUCUUCUCCUCGCCGCCGCACGCAAAAAACACCAGACCUUCAUCGCGUUCUACAAUUGUGGUGACCUGUCGGGCGCAUCGCAAGCACACAAGCACAUACAGUUUUUGCCGUUAGACGAUGAUUCGGAAGACGGUCCUCCCAUCGAAGUCAAGGCGCGAGACGUCAAGCUCGAAUCUCGAGUGACCCCGUUCGCGCUGGACCUGUCGUACGCGAACCACGUGUACCGCUUCCCUGAGCGGUUCCACUCGCUCAAGCCCGAGCAGAUGGAGCCGAUCCUUGCGAACGCGUUCUUCGGGCUCCUGGACCUCGUCAUCUCGACCAUCCGGCACGACCCGACGUACCCCGCGGGGAAGCUCUCGUACAACGUGGUGCUCACGCUCGAGCACAUGCACCUCGUGCCGCGCCGCCACGAGGACUACGUGCUCUCCGCGAGCGGCGACGCGCUGAGUGUGAAUGCGCUGGCGUUUGCGGGUAUGAUGCUCGUCAAGAGCGAGGCCGAGCUUGAGGCUGUUAGAGCGGAGGGCAUCUCGAAGAUCCUUCGAGGUGUGGGGCUGGAGAGUGUGCAUGAGAAACAGGUGCUGGGCUCCUCCGCGGAGGAGGAUUAGACGCGUCGAGAAUUGUAACUGUACCUAGAGAGAUGAAACAAACAUCUUAUCUUAUCUGAAUGAUUGAUUGAUGGGAUCGAGCAACAUUCGCUGAAUCCAUCUGAGCUGCUUUUGGUCUUUCAUCUCUACCAUUUCAGCGCGCUCUGGCCAGUGCUGGGGGGAUAGACACCCAUCUCUGCCAUUUGUCUUCCACUUUAUCUAAUCUCGGCUGGGCGUGAUCUCGAAGACCUGGUUUCGUCAUUGCUCGCUUAGAGCGCUUUCCAGUUGAUGCCUGACGUCGACUCUUGAUCUGCCCCACUUUCAGCAUGCUGCCGCGUACCUGGCUGUUCUCACCAGACCCCAGAGGCCCUCCAGAGUGACUCCGUGGCGCCAGAUGUGACGUAUGCAGCUAGCUAACUCUAGGCCCGCUUAAGCAUGCACGUAUAACUGCAUCAUUCCGGCCGCUUAGGCUGCGUUAAUCUAAACUCCACCUCGACCCUGCUCCUCCCCCUCCUCUUCCUCCUCGGCGCCGUUCUCCGCAUGUCUCAGGUAACGCAGUCCUCGGUGAACAGCAGCAACAGCACACAGACCUUCCUCACUUCGCUCGUGGUCAAUGGCACCCUGCUCGCGGUCGAAGUCAUCGCGUUUGUGAUCCUGAAGAGUCGGCUGGGGAGGAUAUACAGCCCGCGCACGUACCUCCCGCCCCCAGCGAAGCGUGCGCAAGCGCUGCCGCCGGGGUGGUGGAGAUGGGUUCCAGCGUUGCUGGUACAGGAUCCACAAGAGAUUAUCCAAAAAAAUGGCUUAGACGCAUAUAUGCUUUUGCGAUAUUUACGACUCUUAAUCAUCAUUUUCUCUGCGUUCACCAUCUUUAUCUCUGCGGUGAUCAUCCCAGUGGACACUGUGGGCAUGCCGAACUCGACUGGCAAAGACAGGAUCAACAGGAUAACGUGGUCGAACAUCGGAAAUAAUCAGCAAGACCAGAAGCGGUUCGCUGCACACAUUAUCAUGGCGUACCUGCAGACCUUCUUCGUUAUAUUCAUGAUUCGGCGCGAGAUGCUGCAUUUCCUGGACAUGCGCCACCGUUUCCUGAUCAGCAACUCCCACUCCCGACUCGCGCAAGCGAAGACGGUGCUGAUCACGAGCGUCCCGGACGAGCUCGCAAACGAACACGACCUACGACUGUUCGCGUCGUUCGUGCCCGGGGGGAUCGACCGCGUGUGGAUGUACCGCGACACGAAGGCGCUGAACGAGCUGUUCAAGCAGCGGCAGGCGGCGUGCAGCAAGCUCGAGACCGCCGCGUCCGGCGUGCUCAAGCACGCGACGGACGCGUGGCGCCUCAAGGAGGCGACUCACCAGAAGACGCGGAAGCACAAGAGCGACGAGGAGAAGGGUGCUAUGCCACUGGAGCUCGAGUUGCCGGACGGGCCGACGCCCGAGCUGCUUCAGGAGCUCGUCCCGGCGAAGAAGCUGCCGACCCAUCGCACGGGAUUCCUCGGCCUGUUCGGGGAGAAGGUCGACACGAUCCCGUGGUGCACCGAGGAGAUCGCGCGGCUGAAUCGGGAACUGGAAGACGGCCGGCGGGAGCAGGUGCAGGGCAAGUUCCUCGGGAGCGUGUUCAUUCGGUGCAAUCUGCAGCUCGGAGCACAUGUGCUGGCGCAGUGCGUAAGCUAUCACAAGCCGCUGUCGAUGAAGAACAAAUGGAUGGAAGCCAAUCCAAAGGAUAUCGUUUGGGAAAACCUCGAUGACGGCUCUCUCGAGGUGUCCUGGCGAUUCGCGACGUCUUGGCUUGCGACUAUCGCUCUGAUCGUGGCUUGGAUUUUCCCCGUGACUUUCAUUGGAACCCUCUCUCAAAUCAGCACACUCUGCAGUCAUGUCCCCUGGCUGAACUGGAUAUGCUUAGCUCCACACCCUAUUCCCGGAAUCAUCCAGGGCAUCAUCCCGCCGCUGUUGCUCGCCAUCUUCUUUGCUGUUCUGCCGCUGAUCCUACGAGGUCUGGCGUGGUAUGAAUGCAUCCCGCGGUAUUCGCUCAUGUCGGUCAGCGUGUACCACCGAUACUACCUGUUCCUGCUCUUCCACGGUUUCCUGAUCAUCACCAUCUCGUCCAAUCUAUCGAAUAUCAUCAACAAUCUCGUCAACAAUCCAAGCACUGCCGUGCAGAACAUGGCCAAACAGCUGCCCGGGGUUUCUGUAUUCUUCCUCACUUUGAUGGUGACACAGGGUCUGGCUGGAGCCGGCGCAGCCCUCGCGCAACUGUUCCCUCUGCUCUUCCACUUCAUCCGGAAGUGGCUCACAGGCCGGACUCCUAGACAAGCGUUCACGGUGACCUUUCUAAUGCCAGCGGCCGACUUUGGCUUGAUCUUGCCUACGAUCUCGUUGUUGGCUACAAUUGGUUUCUCCUACAGCAUGCUGAAUCCCAUGAUCAACCUAUUUGCUCUAUUGAGCUUUGUGAUGUUCUUCAUUGCCUACAAGUUCCUGUUGACACAAGUCUUUGACCAGCCGGACGAGAGUGAGACAGGCGGGAUGUACUUCCCGAUGUGUAUGUCCAACUUGUUCGUGGGGCUGUACAUCGAGCAGAUCUGUCUCGCGUGCCUGUUCUUCCUCAAGGCGUCGAUAUCGCCCCAGACUGCAGUGGUUGAGGCCGUGAUGAUGCUCAUCCUCGUCGGCUUGACUGCGGCGGCCCAUAUCAUGAUCAACACGAGCUUUGGCCCGAUGACCGAGUUCUUGCCCAUGUCGUUGGCCACAAAGAAGAUGGCCAAACGAUACGAAAAGCACCAGCAAAAGCAGGGGGACACUACUGCGUUGGAUCACGAAGAGGAUAUGUUCCAGAGAAAUGCUCUCCGCAGUGUCCGACGCAGAAUCCAGCGUCUGCCGAAGCAACUGGACAGCACGCUCGUCACACUGCGAGCGCGAGUCAAAGAAGAGGGCGAGUACCUCGCCAGCCCCAGUAGCAAGCGGAAGCACAAGUUCUCGGAAGACACGCCCCGCGAGAGCUUCGAUCCGUCAUCAACGGACUCGCCGUCGACCUCACACGAUCCCGCGUCACCGCCGCCCACGACGGAGGGCGAGGGCCAGAAGCAAGCAGAGAAGCAGGUCAUAGCCGACCUGCCAGAGGGCGACGCGCCCGAGCUGUACCGCCCCAAAUCCCCCGCGCCGUCGCACACCUCCGAGCGGCCGCGCGCGUCACGUUCACGGACGCGGACGCAGUCGAAGACCACGCGCCCGGGGCGGCCGUCGAUCGACAGCCGGGACCUUUCGGACGAGGACGUGUCGACGGACGACGAGGAGGACACGGACGAGCACGCGUUCGACCACCCGUCGACGUAUAUGCCCCAGCCGACGGUCUGGCUGCCCAAGGACAGGCUCGGGAUCAGCGAGCUGCUCAUCGGCGAGAUGCGCGCGGCGGGCGUCGACGCGAGUGAUCUGGGCGCGAGCAUGGACGCGCGCGGCGUCGUCGAGGUCACGCGGAAUCCGCCUGACGAGGUCUGGGAAGGCGGGAAUGAUGAAUGAGGACCUUUUACGAUCUUUAGUCAUGAUGUACAGUAGAUACCCUGGCAGGCGGUCGUGCAUGCCGUGAUGGCGGCACCGAUCUGUCCUCGAAUACGAUGUAGAAUAAGGAAGGCGCUCGCAGUGAAUUAAUACUUCUACACACGGAAUGUAAUUCAAUGUCGAUUUUACAGAGCAGGG